CCUAGGUGCCAAACAUCUAUGUUGCUUCUGCCUAAAGUUUUCCAGCUUGAACAAACUUCUUAUGCUAAGGAACAUGUGAAGCACCAGAUAAAUUUACAUACUGCAAGUAUUGUGGAAAGGAAGAAUGAAAUCUGUAGAUUACAUGAGAAUAUAAACAGCAGUAAUGAUGCAAUUGUUUAUUUGCACAAGCAUAACAAGAAUAGUAAGGACAAUUGCAAUGUCUGGAAACCAACAUAUGUAGUUCUUAGCAAGCAUGAAGAAUAUUUGAAUAACCAACUCAAAAACUGCCAAGAAACCACAGAAAAUGACAAGAAAAUGUAUCAGGAUCACAUGAACCAGUAUAAAGAGAUUUUGAAACAACACAAAGCAAAAUAUUCAGAAAAUUCUCUAGCUCAGGAGUAUUAUAUGAAAAAAAAAGAGAUUGAAGAACUCCGAAAUAGAGUUCUGAAACAUUCUGAACAAUUUAAAUGGAAGGAGGCAACCCUUUUGGAUAUUUUAGAGCCUGCUCCUUUUAGGUCACUUUCUGAUUGGGCGUUACAGAUUGCUUAUCUGAGGCAAAAAACACAAGACGUCCUCAAGCAUGCUGCAGUUUUUACCCAGAAAUCUUCUAAACUAGAGAAAGAAGCAGAUGAAGUAGAAAUGAAAAUUAAUUAUUUCAAACAGCAGUUUGAAAGGAGUACAGAAGAUCAAAAUCAUUCUAAAAUUAUUGAAGGAAAAAGUAAAAAAAAAUUAGAGAAAAGGAAGGCAUUUAAAGAAAGGAUGUUUGAAGAGAUUGGAAAUCUACAUUUAUUAAAUGGGAAACCUCAACAGUAUAAACCAUUACAUCUGCCUUGCAUUCCUCAGAAAUUAGUCCAAUCUGUACAGACUUUUAGCCUGUCUUCGCAAAGAACAGAAACAGGUAAAGAAGAAAGAGACAAUUCCAUGGACCAUUCAGGUAUUGCUAGUAUUUCCUUGAGCCAAGUGGACAGUGAAACACAGAAAUUUAAUGAGACUGCAGGGACUAACAAUCCCAAAAUUGCCAAAGUUCCAUCCAUAGCAAGCUUGCAAAACCAAAUGCAAUUCAGAUUGCUAGUUCCUCAGGAGCAAACAACUUGCAAGCAAUGGUUUGAAAAUGAAGCUACAGUAAUAGGAAACAAAGAUGCUGAAUGUGCAGAUAAGGGAGCAGCAAGUAAGUCAAAGGAUUCUGCAUAUAUAUCUCAA